CGGGGAUUUGUUUCUGCAGAAAUGCUUAAGUUUAUGUUGGGUUUCAAUGAAACUGAAGUCUUCCCCUUUAGAAUAAAAAAAUGGUAACCGGUGUAUACUAGUCCGACCCUACCCCUCAAGUCCAUCAACGAAAAACUCAUACGAAGUAAUAAUAUUCCAAAAUAUAACCUCACGCUUCAUCCGAAUCAGUCGAUCUUCCUCAGUUCUCACUUCUUUAUUGACUUCUCCAUUUUCUGGCUUUAAUCCAUUCCUGGCACAAAGUCACAAACUUCUCCACGAAUUCACGCCCUUCAGGCCUUCUUCAGCCGCUAAAGUGUCUGAAUGAAUCAACCGUGUUGAAUCUCUUUCCGCCAAAUUAACGUGGUGAUAUAUAAGUUAUUUACACAAGGCGUACAAUAAAAACAGAUAGGAGGACAAAGUCAGAAAGGAAUGGCAGACAAACCUAGUAGAGGUCUAGUGCUGUAUGGUGAUGGACUGGCGCGAUCCGUAUUGCCAUCUCAUAUCCAUCUCCAUUCUCUCGCUUCUCGGGCCUGCUCUGGCUUCUUGUCUCUCCCUGACUCGCCUCCUUCAGAAAAUGAGGAUGCAAGAAUAGUCAGAGAAUUUGCAGAGCUACUUGAUUCAAGGGAAGCUUAUAAUAAAAUGAAUGAAGAAGAUGUAUCUGAAAUGAGAUCUCAGAAGACGCCUCUGACGCCGACUAUAUCUCAAAGGUUCAUGGGGAUGAAAGUGGCUAUUGUGACUGACCAUCCAAUACUGAAGGUGUUCUGCGACCGGCUUGGCAUGACCACGUUUGGGGCAGAUGGUUUACUACACUGCAAUAGCCUGGAAGUCAAACCACUUGUAUCCGCCUUGGAAUUGCUAGGGCUUCAAAAUGGGAAGGUUUCAGAGAUGAGCCGAUUUGAUUUAGUUAUUCUUCAUGUUGAAAGCGUAGAAGAUAUCAAUGGCCUGGUAGGUGAGUUGUUAACCACGAUGGCCCAACCCGGGACUGAAGUUGGGUCCCGGUUGCACCUAUCUGUUGUAUUGAGCUUUGGGGCCGUUUCAUACAAGGAAGAUUCUAAGUUUUCUUUUUGUAACAACAUUAGAAAUGAGAGUAAUUCCCAGCUUCACAUGCUUUUCCCACGCCAAAGUUAUACAAUGAAAGGUGGAAAAACGCGUGAGAAUGUUAGGCAUCAUUGUCCGAUGUUAGUUGCUCAAUGGCAAGACGGUGUAACUAGGAAGGAUGCGGUUGGAGCAUUUUCAUUUGAAGAUAUUAAAGAGGAGGGUGGAAAUCUUGUGAUUCCAGCUGACAGAUUCCUACAUGAAUUGGCAUUUAAGCUUUGGAAAGCUCCAAAAUAUGGAGCGUGAAGAUCCACAGGUUUCCUUUUCUUUGACACACAAGGCAUGAAUAUGGAACUACGUGAUCAUUUAGAAAAAGGGUACUUUGGUUUUUCAAGUACUACACCUCUGCUGUAAAAGUUGAUGAUAUAAUAAUAAUACUAUCGUAUUAAUCACCUUGUUCAAAUAAUUUAAAUAUGACAAUAUUUAAGCAAUAUUUCCUUUGAUACGGCCAAUGGGGAGUAUUCUGUAGUUAAAGA